AUGAGGAAUAUUGCAGAAUUGGACAUGUUGCCUGAUUUUAGGUGGGUAUGUAGAGAGAACGCUAAUUGCUGCUCAUCAUUUGUUGCAAUAGAUGUCAGCUCUGAUGAAGGUAUCUAUGCUUGGGUUGCAGCAAAUUAUGCUCUUGGCACACUUAGAGGGGAUCCUCACAAUACCAUUGGAAUAAUUGAACUUGGGGGCGCUUCAGUUCAGCUGACCUUUGUUUCUGAUGAAGUUCUUCCUCCUGAACUGUCAAAUAAUUUUACUUUUGGUGAAACAACAUACACUCUAUAUACCAAUAGCUUUUUAAACUUUGGCCCAAAUGCAGCACAAGAUUCGCUCCAUGAAAUUUUAAGGUCGAGAGGCUCUAAAAAUGGUACACUUGUUGAUCGUUGCGCUCCUAAGGGAUAUCCUGGUAAUGAAGAAGUUAUGGUGAGGACAAGCGAUGUUUCAAGAUCUACAUGGGAGAAUCAAUGUGUUGAUAACGGGAAUGGAAACUUUACAGAGUGCAGAUCUUCUUCGUUGAUGUUUUUGCAAAAAGGAAAGGAAAAGUGCCAGUAUCAACAAUGUCACCUGGGAUCCACUUUCGUACCUGAGCUACGUGGGCAUUUCCUGGCAACUGAAAAUUUCUAUUUUACAUCAAAGUUCUUUGGACUUAAGCAGUCUUCAUCACUAUCUGAUUUUGCGCUUGCUGGAGAACAAUUUUGCAAUCAAGAUCUAUCUGCUCUUAGAAAAAAGUAUCCUGAUCAGUCGGAUGAAGCUUUUUCUCGGUACUGCUUCUCAUCAGCGUACAUUGUAGCUCUACUGCGUGAUACUCUUGGUGUACCUAUGGACGACAAGAGGCAAGUAUAUUGGGCACAGCAAUAUGUUCUUCAGUGAAAUUUACUGUCGAGUAAUCUGUAUGCUUAGCUACUUUGAUUUCUUUUCCUGAGCAAGAUUGAGUAUUCCAAUCAGGUCAGACAUUCAGGUUGAAUGGGCCCUAGGAGCUUUCAUCUCACAGAUGCGAAGUACAACCUUACAGCCAUCACACACUGCUGCAACAUCAACCCAUAUCAACAGACCAUUGGUUGGUGUGCUCGGUAUGCUUCUUUUCUGUGGAUUGUUUUUGUUGUCAAGAUGGAGGAAGCCCAAGACAAAAAUUAUAUAUGACUUAGAGAAAGGCCGAUACAUCAUAACACGCAUCAGCUGACGGUGACCCUUGUGCAGAGGAACCAUAUUUAUACGACAGGAAUAGAUGUUGUUCUGUUGUACAACAAUGUACAAGUUCAAUUAUUUAUAUUUGUGCUCUUAGGUAACAGAGCUGGGUGGAGCAUAUUUGUGUCUACAGAAGCAUUUGUAGAACAUUUUGUCAUGUACUAAUUGUAUUCAUUUGAUGAAUAAAUAUAGUAGU